AUGUGGGUCCCAGGUUGCAUCGGGUUCCAGUGCGAAGCCAGAGUUCAGAGAGGACAGACGUCGCUUGCCUUCGGUCCCAUGACGAUCACAGUGACCGCCGCCUCGACUGCACUCCUCCGUGAAGCGAUGGCUGUAAUCCCGUUUGCACUUCGAUCCUUAGGGACAGUGGAAGAGGAAGAAGAAGAAGAAGAAGAGGAGGAAGAAGAAGACGACGACGAUGCACAAGACGGAGCACAGCGAAUGGAAGAGGACGACACGGACGACGAGGAAGACGAAGAAUAUGGAGAAGACAUCGGCACGGGGAUGCACGUCGCCAGGUACAGGAAGGAGCAGGACGAGGAGGAGGCGAUGGCACUCGCGAGGCCCGUCAAGUGGCACUCGGGAUUCCCGGCCAAGUACUCGGUCCUGCACGACCUGGGGAAAGGGAGGUUCAGCGUGGUCAAGCGGUGCCGGCGGCUGCGGGACGGGAAGGAACUGGCGGCAAAAUUCGUGAGAAAGGGCCGCCAGGACGAGAGACUGACCGAGGACGAGUUCCGCCUCCUGCAGCGCCUGCGUCACCCCGCCCUCGUGCGCCCCCACGCCCUCUACGCGGCCACGCCCAAGUUUCACGUGUUCGUCAUGGAGCUGGUGGUCGGGCUGCCUCUGCUGGACUGGGUCUUCACGCGGGAGGAGACCACGGAGGCUGAGUGCGCGGACAUGGUCUGCCAGGUGGUCCUCGCCCUCCAGUACCUCCACAGCCGUGACGUGGCUUAUCUGGAUCUGAAGCCUGAAAACCUGCUGGUGGACUUAGUGAGGACUUCAGAGGGGGGUGGAGAAGGUGUGCUGAGAACAAUGGUGGGGAUGGAAGAGGCAAAAACCCAGGUGGAAGCUGGAGUUAAGCCACUUAAGCCAGUGACGUGUGGAGUGGAGACAGAGGAGGAGGUUCGAACUCGUGGGGUUUUGAAAGGAACCGAAUCGGUGGCUGAGACAAAGCCAGGCUCUAUUAUGGUGGAAAAAGAAGCCAAGCCAGUUACUCCCGGGUUGAUCAUCGAAAAGAGUUCAGUGAUUCUCGAAAUGACAAGAGAAACGAAAACAAUCGCACGCAAGGCUGAAACUAAGCCAGGCUCGUCCAAAACGAAGACGGAAGUGAAAUUAGUCUCACAUAAAGUGCACACAAGAGUCACGCAAUUUUCACUCGAAAAACAGAAAGAGGCUAAGCCAGCAUCCCCUGACGUAGAAGCGGAAAUAAAGCCAGUUGCACCUCCCUUGGAAAAAGAAGCAAAAACACUUACAUUUCAAGAAGAGAAAAAGGCUAAGCCACUUACACCCGAAGGAAUAACAGAAGUUGAACCAAUUAUAUCGGAAAGAGUGAUAGAAAUUAAACCACUUACGCCUGAGGAGGCAGAAGCUAAGCCAGUUACACAUGAAGAGGCAAAGGCUAAGCCAAUUACAGAUGAAAUAGAAGCUAAGCCACUUACACCUGAAGAAGCAGAAGCUAAGCCACUUACACCUGAAGAAGCAGAAGCUAAGCCACUUACAACGAAGAAGCAGAAAGCUAAGCCACUUACACCUGAAGAAGCAGAAGCUAAGCCACUUACACCUGAAGAAGCAGAAGCUAAGCCAACUUACACCUGAAGAAGCAAAGCUAAGCCACUUACAC